GUGUGUGAGAGAGUGUGUGUGUGUGUAUGUGUGUGUGUAUGUGUAUGUGUGUGUGAGAGAGUGUGUGUGUGUGUGUGAUGAUAUGUUGCAUUCGUUGGCUGUUAAUGAUUUUCUUGGAUAAUAAAUGUUGCAUCAGAACAUUGUAAAUCCAUCAGCGGUGUCAUUCAGGUGAACUUCAGACCUCAUCGUGUUUGUUUUCUCAUACAUCACACAAAAACCAAUCUCGAUGAACACUGACACGAACCAAAAGUGCAUGUUAAAUAAUCACUGUUUUCAAACAGAUUUCCCAAGUAGUUCUAGUUGCAGAGACCCUGGGGCGGGAUCUCCAGAAGAGGGCGGGGUUACUACAAAAGGGGGUAUCACUUCCUCUCACAGUUAGGGUAAAGGACAAGGUAUAUUUUGGCGCCCGGUCGACCGCGUCACUUUUCUGAAUAUACUUUUUUGCCCGGGAACAAAUAGGAACGCAUUCGACGCAUGCGCACUGAACUGCUUUAUGACAGUCCGUGGCCAGCGCAUGCAGUUAUGCAGUUAUUUGGACAAACAUUUCACUCAUCUGAAGAGCGUUUACUGUGUUUCAGCAUCAUGGCGUAUGCAGCUCCUCAGAAGCGGAUGGUUUCAUCUGUUUUCAUUAGGCUAGCAUCUCCGUUCAGAGCGACCGUUACGCCGACGCCUCAUGUGCACACCGGCCCGACCCGAGACCUGCAGCAGACCGCAGUACCUCUGCACAGAACCUCCUCAUGUGCGUCUGCUGCGUCACAGGACGGACAGAGCUGCCCUCUCGCCACCACGAGGCCCCUGUAUGCCCAGUCACGCACCCCUGCCACAAACACCCAAACCGCACCCACUGCACUGCCCGACUCUGCCCCCUACAGGAUGAACAACACAACACGCCAAACAGACGUUUUUAGCAGUUACCCUCCCCCUCCUCCUGCCCCUGAUGACCUCUGUGUCCCGCCCCCUAAACAUGACCCCUCUGACCCCCGAGGACCACCAGACGGCCCUGCAGCGGUGAGUAACGCACGUCACGUGGUCCUGACAGCAGAUCAUCUGAAGGGGUGUUCAACAGCACCUCGUGACAGCGAUGUUUGUGGAUUCUGUCGUAAGCCGGUUGUGCUGUCUGAGCCUGCGAUCCAUGCGCUGAACCGCACGUACCAUGCCGCGUGUUUCCAGUGCAGACAGUGUCACACGCCGCUAGCCGCUAAAAUGUACUACAAUAAAUGUGGUAUCCCGGUGUGUGAGGACUGCCAUCAGGCCAGUCUGGAGCGGUGCUGGGCGUGUGGUGAUGUCAUUAAAGAUCAUGUGAUCCGCGCUCUGGAACGAGCCUAUCACCCGCCAUGCUUUGUGUGUACAACGUGCCGACAGCCAAUCGGAGAGCAGAGGUUUGCUCAGGGGGGGGUCGGUGAGGUGUACUGCCUACAGGACUACUACAGGAAAUACGCGCCUCAGUGUAGUGUGUGUAGAGAGCGGAUUAUCCCGCGAGACGAUGGGACAGACAGUUUUACUGUGGAGUGUUUGGGGCACUCCUAUCACGAGGACUGUUAUCGCUGUGAGGUGUGUGGGGUGCUUCUCUCUCCAGAGCCCAAUGAGCACGGCUGCCACCCACUGGACGGGCAGAUCCUGUGUAAAGCGUGCCACCUCACACUGAUCCAGACCGCACCGCAUACAUGAGAUUAUAUGACCACACAAACAAUGCUGACAGUGAAUUAUGAGAGCAAAUAUUUGAAUACAACCUUAGGCAUAUUAUAAAUACUUUUAUUUUACUAUUUGAUCAUGUUUUCUGUGUAACUCCAUUCCACUGAUUAUAUCUAUGAAUCAAUCUUAUGAACUGUAAUGUGAUAUCUUCCCACUCUCUGAUGUUUUAUGCACUAAAAUAAGAUAUUCAACACCAAAAUCCCAUAUUAUUUGUCCAUUGUAAUAACACUCCCUUAUCCCAUCAAAAUAA